CACCUCUCCAUUCCUCGAUCAUCUCACUCACGCACUCACACCCACCCUCCACUCGGCACGCCUCCGGUGCUGCUCUUCAUCCCAACUCCCUUUCUCCUCACCCAUUUCACCCAAGCCAUCCUCUAUCCCCGCUCCGCUCCCAUUCCGCUCAUAUCGUUCCUCGCCACCCCUCGGUGUUCGGGCAAGUCACCGUCAACCUCGUCCGGGUAUCCCCCACCCUCUCGCGGCUAUCCCCACCACACAGUGUUGCCACCACUUCCACACCCGCAUAACCUUCCCCGCGGCUCGCUGCGGAAUCACUGUCGCAGUCUAGCCACACGCUCUCGUAACUGCAUCGCCUCGCAGCGUUCUGCCUGAUGUCCCGGCGGCGAGAAGAGGCAGAGUUGAAACGCGUCCUUCAGCUUUCCACCCAGCAGGUCCAGGCCGUUGGCGCACUUCCUCCCUACACACUGUCCAGUGCAUCGACAGACGACUCUCGUGAAAUGGAACUGCGUCCGGUUAAUCCAGCGUCCACCGGCGAGUCGCCCUUCACACCAAAUCGACCAGCGUCGAGGCGAUGGCCUUACUUGCUCUCACCAGACCCCGUCGACGACGAUUAUUCAUUCCUCAUGCCGCAGACGCGGGUUGAAGUCGUGGUGCCCUCUCAUCCUCGUUCGCAUCUUUCGCCAGAUCCGAUAGACGCUCUCGACCCUUCCGUGCCCCCCGAGUUUCGCGAUAUCCACUUCGACUCUGCAGGCGAUAUCCAGGAUGGUUACAGUUUUGCGCCGAGCGGCGGCACUGGUGGAGCGGCAGGGACCGAUGACGCGUUGCUGGGUCUCUCUCUCGCCACGGAGACUUCACACGUGCCUUCCAGCAGCAUGGAGUCUUCCCGACGCUCUUCCGCUCGCCAGGAAACUGUAAAGGACAAAAAGGCGGCCGACACCGCCGACAGGAAGCGUAAGCGUCCGGAACGCAAGGCGAAGGAGGCCGCCGCGGCUGUUCUUGCUGAGGUUUCCGGUGAGCCGCUUCCCCACACCACUCUCCCUGCAUCGAAGCGGAAGACGAAGAAGGCGAAGACGAAUCAAGCGAAGCAAUCCGUUGUUCAUUCCAUGUCACAGCGGCAAGGCUUGGAAGAGGCUUCAAUACCACCACUACCCACCGCUCCGUCAUGCGCUGAUGAGCGUGACGUGCAUGUCGCUCCAAGUGCAGCCAUGGCAUGCACCGUCGAUAGGCCGACAACAGAGGUCGUGGCAAAUUCGUCGCUCGAGGCAUGUGGCGGUGCACGUGCAGAAAGUGGGGAACGCUCCAACAUGCCUGUUACCGAGGGUGUGAUAUCAUCAGUGGAGCCCGAUCACCAUUCCUCCCCAAGACCGAGAUCAUCGCCUAACGUGCGGGACGAGGAUUCCUCGAGUCCCGCAGCCGUGGUAACACCAAAAGCCACUCGCGUUCUGCGACCAGCACACCACAUGACUUCGUCAUCGGCCUCUACACCUAGCGGAGGGCGAUGGCGUACACGACGCUCAGCGCGAAAUGAUCUGGCUGGCGUCUUGUCCAAAUUCCCGGGCGCGAGACGGACCGGCAUGUCGAAACGUCUGAACAUCGUCCCUCUGCACGCUUCUAUCGGCCCGGGAGUGAAGGCUCUUCCGCCGCCGCCUCCGAAGAGCAAGAAGAAGGUUGAGGAAGAGGAGGACGAAGACGAGGAAGACGAGAAUGGCAACCCAAAGGUCAAGGUCGGUAGCCGGGAGUGGCUCAUGAUGGAGGACUAGGAGCCGAGCCGCCGCUCAAGUCGUCUUCUGUCUGUUUUCCCCGUAUAUCCAUAUCCUCCGUGUCACCAGUCUGAAAUCCCAUUUUGUAUAUAUGCAUGUAAUAAGGAG